AUGAGUGAAGGUGUAAGAGAGGAAGAAAGAUUGCCACCGAUAAAUAUGAUUGGCGUGGGUGGAUCAGGGGUAACUGAAGGCGUGAAUGGAGUACCUGGUGUAUCAACUAUAUCAACUAUAUCACCCAGUGUACCACACAAUCUACAGCAACAACAACAGCAAUUACCAAUAGGUUUACCACAAUCAACUCAAGCAUCUCAUUCAACUCAUUCCUCACAAGCUGCAACUAAAGCAAGAAAUAGGAAUCCUUCUGCGAACGGUCCAACAGUUGCAAGUCAAGCGGACGAUGAAAAGUAUGUAAAUAAGUUUAGAGAAAUGAAGUUUAAGACAAGAGGAGUAAUGAGGGAAAAUGAUUCACUUUAUUUGAAAUUACUUAAAACUCAAUGGUCAAUUAAACGCGCAAAGUUGUUUAGGGCAAUCCUAUAUGAAAGAUUACAAGAUGUAAAAGAUAAAGAGGUUGAUAAAGAUGAUACAAAUGAUGUUUAG